CCUUCUGUCGCAGGGUCCACGCCAGGAUCCUGUGCCACCCCCACACCAUCCUGCUCGACUUCUCUGCCUACCCUGCCAGAGGAGGAACCACUGGGGGAACAAGCCUUGCCUUGUCUGCCCACAGGCACAUUCAGAUGUGCAUGUGACGGCUGCAACGCAAUCCCAUGUCCAACUCAAUGUAUGUUGAGCAGAUGCUCCAGAGGUGUCGGUGGCCAAGGCUUCAAGAGGAGAAAUGAACUGAUCAGACAUGGCCUUGUCCACAAUUCGCCGGGGUACAUUUGUCCUUUCUGUGCGAAUCACCAAUACAAAUAUCCCCGGCCGGAUAAUCUCCUGCGACAUGUUCGUGCCCACCAUAAGGAUCGCGAUCAAAAUGACCCUGCGCUGAGGGAUGUACUCAAUCAAACGACGGGAAGGCCCCGACGGAGGAGACCGACUAGGAUUCCGGGC